CAGUGGCUUUUGUCGAGAGGGAGGGAGAUACACGCCUACGUCAGACGUUCGUGGACUUGCAAUUUCAAAUAUUAAGAUUGAUUUUUUUUUAGGUCGUAAUUUUGUUGCGGGAAGUUUUUAAAAAUAUUUUUCCUUAUUAGGAUUCAUCGAAGCGAGUGAAGACAAUGCCGAGCGUGAAGUACCACAAAGGGGACAUGGUGAUGGGCCGCUGGCCUGGCAGCAACCUGUACUACGAAGUGAAGGUUUUGGGUUUCGAAGCCAAAAGUCAACUCUACACGGUCAUCUACAAGGAUGGAACUGAGCUUGAGCUGAAGGAGCAGGACAUCAAGAAUUCUUAUAAUUUCCAGCCGCGGUCCCACUCUCGCUCUCGUUCCCGAUCACCGGGCCGCCGUCGCAGCCGCUCCCGGUCCCCUGGGAGAUCCGUGCACCGUUCUACCUCACGCGUGGCGGCGGCGGCCGCCGCUGCAGCAGUAACGGAGAGCGUGCCAUCGUCACACGAGGAUGCAAAGUUGCAGGAAAUGGUUGAAGUCCGACUCAGUCCUCUGCAGCAGCCCAUAAUGGCUGCCGAGAGCAAUCGCAACAGUAAGCACGAAAACAAAGAAGAAAAUAACACUGCAAACAAAGUCAAUGAGUCUGAGGCAAAGAUGGAGACGGAGAAGAACCAGAGUCGCUAUAAUCUGCGCCGCAGGAAGCACGAUGGCGAGACCAAACCACACCGCCUGGAGGAUACCAACGAGGUCACGAGUUCUGCUGCAACGGUUUCCACCCCGCUUGACUUUGGGGGCAAGCUUGGGGCGUACUUCUGGUUGCUCUUCCUGCCAUCCUGGGUUCUUUUUGUGAUUCUUCAAGUCAACUUGCCGGACCCCAGCUUAGUCAACUUCCCACCCCCUUUACCGCCCCUGGAGACUUUUUGGGACGCUCGGGCCCUGGGCUUGGUCAUCCUGUGGAUCUUAUUUCAGGUCCUCCUCUACAUCCUGCCUGUGGGAAAGCUGAGCGAGGGCAUGCCACUGAGGUCCGGGGAGAGGCUGACGUACAGAACCAAUGGUUUCUUUGCCAUUGCGAUGAGUGCCGCGGUUGUAGCCGCAGCCGUCCACCAGGGGAUUGACCUCACGUACAUCCACAGCCACUUCUUACAACUUGCCGUAGCUUCCUUCCUCACCUCUGUUCUGCUCAGUGUCUACCUGUACAUACGUUCCCGCUACGCUCCGCCGGACCAGCAUGCGCUUGGGGGAAGCUCCGGCAACGUGGCGUAUGACUUCUUCAAGGGACAUGAGCUCAAUCCCCGCAUUAAAAGUUUUGAUUUGAAAUUCUUCUGUGAGAUGCGUCCGGGACUAAUCGGCUGGUGCUUGAUCAACUUUGCGUUUGCGCUGGCAGAGAUGGAGCAGCAAGGUUUGGACACGCCGUCCUAUGCCAUGAUUCUCGUGAAUGCCUUCCAGCUGCUCUAUGUAGUCGACGGCCUCUGGAAUGAGGAAGCCAUCUUGACCACCAUGGACUUGAUGCAUGAUGGCUUUGGCUUCAUGUUGGCCUUUGGAGACCUGGUGUGGGUGCCUUUUACCUAUACCCUGCAGGCCUAUUAUUUGGUUAGCCACCCAAAUGAGCUGAGCCUCGCGGCCGUCGCUGCCAUCGUCUUGCUCAAAUUGAUCGGCUUCUACAUCUUCAGAACGUCCAACUCUGAGAAAAAUGCCUUCAGGAGAAACCCAUCAGACCCCAAACUGUCAUAUCUGAGGACUAUUCCCACAGCAACAGGAAAGAGUCUGCUAGUGUCUGGUUGGUGGGGUGUCGUCCGUCACCCUAACUACUUAGGAGACCUCAUCAUGGCUCUGGCCUGGUCAAUACCCUGCGGCUUUAGUCACUUGCUGCCAUGGUACUACAUGAUCUACUUCAUCAUCCUGCUGGUGCACCGAAACUCUCGGGACAUGAGCGAUUGUAGGAGGAAGUACGGCUCUGCCUGGGACGAAUACUGCCGAACGGUCCGCUACCGGAUAAUCCCCCGUGUCUACUGAGUGGACUGAUGCCGGAUGCUUUUUGAGCCAGUAUUACACGGGUGACUUUGUUUUUUGGGGUCAUGACCCGAGUUAGCAUUUCAAAAGAAAAGAUUGAAACUUUUUUUCCCCCUCCGUUCAGUCCGUUUCAAGAAAGCUUUUACAACACGGACUUUUAUUGACCUCAACUAUUUGCAAAAGAAUGAGGAAGAAAAUGUCAUCUUUUGCAAUGUGAUGCAAAAAUGAUGCCUCUGCAAAGAAAGUCUUGGUAGGAUGUAUAUUUUUGUAUAUAUACACAUUUGUUUUUAUACUUGAGGUAAGACAAAACCACUCAUGUUGUUAGAUUUUUAGCUCCAAUUGAGAUUUUUUUUGGUGUGUUUUUUGUCACGAAUUCUCUUCGACGGAAGGGAUCGAAAUAGGAUGUAUUAAGGAAGAUCAAUUUGUAUUUUUCUCAGGACCCACAAGUAGCUUUCCUGUACCGUCUCGAAUUUUGUAUAGACGUGUUUGCCUUGAGAGUUGUGUUUUUAAUUACAAAAUGGAUUCCACAGUGGAUUUAAUAGGCUAUAAAACCUCGUGUUGAUUUGCUCAGUGUUGUUGAAGUGCAGGGGGACAACCAAAAAGAUGAUUAUCAUGCUGACUUAAUUUAAUAUAUUCCGUCACUUUUUUCUCUUUUUGUGGCUAUCAGCUUAGUGCUUUGGAAGAUAACCGCUCAACAUCUGUUUCUGCUAUUUCAGCUUUAACGCCAUGUCAUUCAUGACACCUUUAUACUGUGAUCACUUGUCGGCAUGGAUUGCAUCGCCCGUGUUUGCACACUCGGUAUUUGCAGCAUUUGAUCAUGACAGAAGUAGCAAUGUUUGAACUCGAAGGACUUGUAAAUAUUUUAUUCUUCAUGGAGGAGACAAAACGUGAGUCAUUUUUCUUUAGCGCUAUUCAAUGUUUUUUGGGUUGUUUUUGUAAUGUGAUAUGGGCGAUUGUAAUUUUGUUUACAGAUAGAUCCGCCACAUUUUAUACGCGUAUUUAAAACAAAUGCAUUU